AUGUUAAUUACAGGCAGUAAUCAGUACGGCUCUAUCCUGGGUCAUACGUCUGUGACCACCGGCAGCCUGUUGGAUGACAAUCAUUGGCACUCAGUGGUGAUUGAACGCUACCGUCGUAAUGUCAACUUCACCUUGGACAGACACACUCAGCACUUCAGGACCAAUGGAGAGUUUGACCACCUUGAUUUGGACUACGAGUUGAGUUUUGGGGGUAUGCCAUACAGUGGGAAGCCUGUGGGUGGAGGGCGGAAGAACUUUAAAGGCUGCAUGGAGAGCAUCAACUACAAUGGAGACAACAUUACAGACCUGGCUCGCCGAAAGAAGCUAGACACCUCCAGCUUUCGUAACCUGUCCUUCUCCUGCGUGGAGACCCACACCUUCCCGGCCUUUUUUAAUGCCACCAGCUUUCUGCAGCUGCCAGGUCGAGCCAAUCACAACACGGCGUCUGUGAGCUUCCAAUUUCGUACGUGGAACCCCGAUGGGCUCCUCCUCUUCAGUAAUCUUGAUGAUGGCACGCUGGAGAUCUCCCUCGAGGACAGCAAGGUUGUAGUUCAUAUCAACGUGACGGGGGCGACCAGCAACAACCGGGUAGACUUAUCGGCAGGUUCAGGCCUUAAUGAUGGCCAAUGGCACGCAGUACGUUUGGUCGCCAAGGACAACUUCGCCAUGUUGACAAUAGAUGGCGAGGAGGCAUCUGCCGUGCGCUCCACCUCACCUCUCACCAUCACGACAGGAGGAACCUAUCACUUGGGAG